AUGGUCGCUGAUCUUAUCCGUGACUCCACUGUUGGCCAGUUCAUCAACUUCAUUUCCAAUGGUAGAUUUUUGCCGUACGAGGAUCAGCGGCCCGACUUUAAUAUUCCAACCCACUUUCUAACGAAACAGCUUGCAACAUCAGACGCUUCGACUCUAUGCGGCGAUGCUAACGAAAACAAAAAGACCAGCGGGGCAGUGACUCCAUCUACGGUGUUCACCAGAGAGAAUACGUUUGUCGUGGGCGAGAAACUCGCGGAGAUCGACAUGAAGUUAGAUGAGAAGAACGAUACUUCAGACCCCAAUGUCGUGGGUUGGUACGGUGACGACGAUCCGGAUAAUCCAAGAAACUGGUCCUCAGCGAAACAAGCUUUUGUUGCUUUCCUCAUCAGCCUUAUGACUUUUACUAUGUAUAUUGGCUCGGCUAUCUAUACACCUUCAAUACCUGGUAUCAUGGAGGAGUUCAAUGUUUCACUUCCGCACGCUACGCUUGGUCUUACUCUUUAUGUACUCGGGUACGGAAUCGGCCCCAUGUUUCUUUCACCUCUUCAAGAACUUCCCAUAUUUGGUCGGAACUCAAUUUACAUGGCGUCUCUUUUCCUAUUCAUACUAUUUCAAAUCCCUAUCUUCACCGCGACCAACAUUCAAACGAUCCUCGCCUUCCGCUUCGUCACUGGGUUCUUCGGAAGCCCGGCACUUGCUACAGGCGGUGCAUCAAUGGCAGACAUCUAUCCUUCCCGUCAAGUCGCCUAUGUCGUUGGGAUCUGGGCUAUAGGUGCAGUCGGUGGCCCCAUCUUUGGUCCUGUAGUAGGCGGUUUUGCUGCUCAAGUUAAUGGAUGGCGGUGGCCGCAAUAUGAGCUGAUCUGGCUCAGCGCUUUUAGUUUCGUGUUUUUGAUGCUUCUCUUACCCGAGACCUACGAACCUACGAUUUUGUUGAAGCGGGCACAGCGGCUGAGAAAGAUGACCCGCAAUCAGCAAUUGAUGUCCCAAGCAGAAAAGGAUACGCAAGGAGAAACGGUUGCUGAGAUUCUCAAGGAGGCCCUCCUAAGGCCUUUUAUUCUCGCUAAAGAACCGGCCCUCAUGUUCGCCAAUGUAUACCUUGGCUUUGUUUACGCCAUAUUUUACUUAUGGUUUGAAGCAUUCCCUUUAGUCUUUACCGAUAUCUACCACUUCAACCUCGGACUCAGCGGCCUCCCGUUCCUGGGCUUCCUAGUAUCCGCUGUAUUCACAUAUACCUGUUAUGCUUUAUACCAAAAAUUUCACUUCCAACCACGCUCCGAUCGAGCGAAAGCCGGGGGCCAGGAGCUUGCACCGGAAGCCAGACUUGAGAUUGGUCUUAUAGCCAGCUUAUUCAUUCCCACAUCGCUGCUUAUCUUUGGCUUCACUUCGAGAGAAUCUGUACCAUGGAUCGUCCCAGUUAUCGGCGCCGCUCUCUACUUACCCGGAAUAUAUCUAAACUUUCAAAGUAUACUGAUGUACGUGACCUCUGCGUAUCCAUCCUACGAGGCCUCCGUAUUGGCGGGAAACGAUCUAUUCCGGUCUUCUAUAGCCAGCGUUUUCCCGCUUUUCGGGAGAACUUUCUUCGUGAAUCUCGGUUUGGGGCCUGGGUCUGCACUGUUAGCUGGUGUGUCGUUGGCUUUGAUGCCAGUGUUUUGGGUGAGUGUCUUAUUUAUCAACCACCAAUUGCUCUGUUGA